UCUAGGUGAAAAUGUUAGGGAAGAUAGGAGUCCGGGUGAACCUAACAAAAUUGAACCGAUUCCCCCUCCCUCCGCCUCUAAACAUAUCGACAAUUCCUCCUCCCUCCUCCCAUCGCUUGCCCCUCGCUCCCCUCCCUCUCCGCGCCGCCCCCUCUCGAAUCGAAAUCCCUCUCCGCCAUGCCGAAGGGCGCCAAGAAGCGCGCCAAGCUCAAGAAGCAGCAGCAGCAGGGCCACCCCGACGAUGCCGGCAACACCAACGCCAGCAACGGCAACUGUAACGGCUGCGAUGACAACAACAGCGCCUCGAGCGGCCGCGACGGCGACCACCACCUGCGGAUCCCACCCAAAGUUUCUCGUGUGGAUGCGAACGAGGACUCCAUGGAGAGCUCUGAGGAGAUGGUCACCCCCCGAGCUGCCGCGUCGGAGCCGGAUGAGGAGGAGACUAAGGCCACUGCGGCCGAGGUGCCCGUGGAGCGCACCGUCGACGCGGACGUCGCCGGUUCUGGGGAGGUCAUAGUGGACGCGUUUCCGCCGGAAACCGUUGGACAGGAACGUGAGGGCAAAGUGGAUGAGGCAGAGGUGGAGGUGCACGCCGUGGUGGCGCAGGAACCGGAGGUAAAAGAUGUGGUGGUGGCCGAGGAAUCCGUGGUUCAGGAGCCAGUGUCUGACGCACCGGUGGCAGAGGCUUCAGAGGUGAAGGAGUUGGCCAAGGUGCAUUCGGUGCUUGAAUCUGAGCCGAGGGUUGAUGAAGGGCGUGAUGAAGUGGUGGUGGUCGACGAAACACCUGUAGUGCCUGAGGUACAGGAACCAGAGGUGAAAGGCGUUGAUGCUACCGUUGUGUUGAAGGAACAAGAGAAGAAUAGUGGCAAUGUGGUGGCCAAGGACUCUGCUGAGGUUUCGCGCUCUCAGGAGGCUGCUGGUGUGCAUAUUACAGAGGUGGAGCGGGGACCUGCAGUGGCAGUGAUUGCUCCAGGGCAGCGGGCAAUAUGGUGGAAUUUCUGCGGCCUUUUUGAUGCCUUUACUGGUUCAGGGAGAUAGAUGAAGGGUUGGAACUUGAAGCCAAGAAGACAAAUGUGGUGACGUUCAGUUUAAAGCUGAUGAGCAGUUGUAACUAGACUUUUUGUUUGCAUAGUCACAUGAAUGUAUGAUGAAGCAGCAGGAUUUCGGAUAACAUCGCGCUGAUGUUUACUUCCUCCCUGUGUCUCUGCAUGUGUGCAAAGUUACACACCCCCCCUGGUCGUGGACUCAUGGUUAAUAUCCUUAAUUUCCUUAGUAUCCCCAACGCCUAGUGCCCUUUGUCUAGUGUCGUCUAGGUACUGCCUGGUUUUGUAGCAUAAGAGUUGAGGUGGGUCGACCGUAAAGAAAAUUUUGUUGUUUCUGCCUUUAUACUUAUUUUUUCUGGGGUGUCGUCUGCUAUGCCCCUUCCUCUCAUGGUUGUCACUUGUAAGAUAUUUAUUCAAACAAUUUGAGAUGGUUCUUUGAAAAGCCUCAAUUCGAGAUUGCUGAGUGUCA